ACUAUUUUUACCAGAAUUAUUUUUCGCGAAAAAAAAUAAAGAAAUUUUCCGCGUAUAAGAGGCCAUGUUGAUAAAAACAAACGAACAAUAUUAUAAAAAACAAUGUUCUUUGCAAAUUAUUACAUUCAUUUCUUACAAUAUGGAAGAUAACGUAUUUGAAAUAGAAAAGAUUCUUCAAUCUUCUGUUAGAAAGGGAUUAAGGUAUUAUCGAGUGCGAUGGAAAGGUUUUGGCGAGGAAGAAGACACUUGGGAGCCAGAAGAGAAUUUGUUUGAUUGUAAAGAUGUUCUUGAUGAAUUUUGGAACAAAAUUAAAAAGGAUAAACAGACAAAAUCUAAGGUUGAAAAACGUAAAUCUGAAUCCAUGCCACAAUGUCAAACCACUAAGGCCAAAAAGAAGAAAGAUGGGAGAACAACCAACAAUAGUACAAGUGCACGCAUUGAUUCAAGCUCAUUGCAAAGUGAAACCAUUAUUAUUCCUGAAACAAAUGACACAACAACUGUCAAACAGUCAAAAUCAAAGAAGAAGAAAAUUGAAAUAGACCAGGAAGACAAGAGCUUGGACAUACAUCAAGAACCCAAGAAAGUCCAUAAAAAGAGGGGCAGAAAGCCUAAGAAUUUAUCUGCUAAGACUGAGUUAGAUAAAACUUCUCAACCACAAGGUUUAAUAGAUGAAAAUGAAAACCUAACCAACACAAAUUCUGAGAAUAUUCUCCCAGUGGACAAAACAGACCCACCAUUGGUGAUUAUUGAUAAUGAACAAGAAUCCCCUCCAAAAGAAUGUAGCACAAAAAAGGUCAUCCUGCAUAAAGACUCUCGUGAAAACCUGGGCAAUAAAAGCGUAACGAAAAGAGGAAAUUUAUCUUCCAUUUCCUCUGAGCCUUCCCCAGAAUAUGUUCCAGAGUAUUGCGAUGAAACGUUAGCAUAUGAUGAUAUUUCUGUUGAAGAAGAGUUUGAAUUUUUUGGAGAAACAGGUUACCAUCUCAAAGAUAGCAUUAGUCCAGAAAAAAGUGGUAUUGGAACACAGCAAAGUGCAGCUAUAGCUGAGGGUUGCAAAAGAGAUGAUACGAAUUCUAUGAAAAAAAAUCAAGUUAAUUUGAUGAAUGAUGAAGAUCAUGAGAGGAGUGAAAGAGAUGUGAGAGGUGAUGGCCAAACUCAUGUGAAAACUCAUCAUCAUGUAAAGGGUGGUGAAGAUCAUGUCAAGGAUGAUCAUAAUUAUGUGAAAGAUGAUAAAGAUCAAGAUAACAAUCACAUGGAAGAUGAUGAUAAAGAUCAUACCAAGAAGGAUGAAGAUUAUGUAAAAGAUAACAAAGAUCAUGUUAAAGAUGAUAAAGAUCAUGUGAGAAACGAUGAAAAUCAUGUGAAAGAUGAUAAAGAUCAUGUGAAAGAUGAUAAAGAUCAUGUGAAAAACGAUGAAGAUCAUAUGAGAAACGAUAAAGAUCAUGUGAAAGACAAUGAAGAUCAUGUGAAAGACGAUGGAGAUCAUGUGAAAGACAAUGAAGAUCAUGUGAAAGACAAUAAAGAUCAUGUGAAAGACAAUGAGGAUCAUGUGAAAGACGAUAAAGAUCAUGUGAAAGACGAUGGAGAUCAUGUGAAAGACAAUGAAGAUCAUGUGAAAGACAAUAAAGAUCAUGUGAAAGACGAUAAAGAUCAUGUGAAAGACGAUGAAGAUCAUGUGAAAGACGAUAAAGAUCAUGUGAAAGACGAUAAAGAUCAUGUGAAAGACGAUGAAGAUCAUGCAAAAGAUGAUAAUGAUUACGAGAAAGUUGAUAAAGGUCGAGUGAAUGGUGAUGAAAGUCAUGUGAAAGAUGAUGACGAUCUCGUGAAAGAAGAUGAUUACGUGAAAAAUCAGAAAGAUAAUGACGAACGUCACACAAAUGAUGAGAAUCAUGUGGAAGUUGACGAUGAUGCAGUGGAAAAUGUUGAAAAAGGUUCUGAUAAUCAUGUGAAGGAUAAUAAAGAUCAUGAAAUGAAGCAUGAUGGUAAUCAAGGGGAAAAAUUUAGAGACCAGAUAAAGGAUGGUGAAGAAGAGAUGGAAAUUGAUAGCGGCCACGAGAGGGAUAAAGGAGAUGACGCAAAAAACCUUUAUCGUGAUAAUCAUGUAGAGCAACUUGUAAAAGAUGGUGGGGACAUUGAUCAAGACAUAAUUGAGACUGCUUCAUCAGCCAAAGAGGUAGGAACGGAAGAAACACAAGAGCGACAGGAUGACAACGAAGAAGACAGUGAUAUUACUUCUACCGGUUGCCUAAAGUUAGAGCAGCCAUUGAACGGUCCUACUAACAAUGAUAAAGUUGAAUAUAUUAUUUUAGACGAUAGCCCUUGCGCCUCCAGCGAGAGAGAUGGUGAAUUGUUUGACAGAGAUAUUGAUCUUGUAAACAGCCAACAAGAUAACACAACACCCGCAUUAACGUCUGAGACUGUCAUCUCCGUAGAAAAGGAUACCAGUGUAGAGCCUAUAGCUGGAGAUCUACCGCUAGGACACUUGGCAUCUGCUGGAGAAAGUACUGACGUUGGUCAAACUGAGAAUGUUAACCAUCAAAGGAGCACCGAUCUGAAGCUUAAAUUAAGGUCAAGUAGUUUUAGCAGUACAGGUCUCACUGACAGCGAAUGCAUGUCGCCGGAGUUUGUGCAAUUGCCUGAGCCAAAGAAAGGCUUUUUUGACUUAGUUUUUGCAGCCGAAAUAUAUGACGCGAAGGAGGACUUGACUGGUGAAAUAAAAAACAAAGAAAGUAAAGUGAAAGAAGAUGUUUCUAAAGAUGCAGAAUGCAAAACUGUUGUACAAGAAGUAUGUAAAGAUGACUUAUGUCAUGAACCAAAGAAAGACGACCAGCAGAGUGAUUGCGUCGUAAUGGUGGAAAAAAUAGUGGAAAUUUCUAAAUUGAAAACAUGCGAUGAAAUAAAAACGAUUGAAACAAAAGCGGUUGGUAUUGAAAGUAAAAAGAACCAAGAAAAGCUAUUGGAAACAACUGAAGACAAGCCAGUUCCAAAGAAGGAUGGUGAAAAUGAAGAAAAUACAAGUGGAUCUCUUAGUCCAACCAGCCAGCAAAGGAGGUUAUCUGACGAAGAAACGGCACUGUGUUUGUUGGAUUUGUCCUGUUCGAAAUCUGGGAAAGCCGUUGAGAUUACUGAAAUAAAGUUUCAAGCACCGAGUCAAGAUAUUCCUAAAAGUACGAACAUUGAAGAUGCGAGUGAAAAGGAUCAAAAAGGUGUUGUGGAAACAAGAGUUUCUUGUGAUUCACCCGUAGAUUUAGCCAGAAAUAAGGAUAAGAAAGAAACUAACCAGCAAGUUUCUCUGAAGAGGAAAUCAAAUGAAAAUAAAAGUAAAGCUGAUAAGAAAAGGAGCAAAGUUCUUUUGAACAUUCCGUUUAUGAUUCAAGAAUGUGACAAUGAAGUAAUAGAUCUUCUUCAAGAUAUGAAAGAGAGUUGUGUGUCCCCCUCUGAGGAUAGCAAAGACUUAAAAUCUCAGAGUUCACCGGCUAUCGAUAAAAGAAAGACUUCAGCAACAAAACCAGUAGUAAUAAAUGAACGUCAGAAAGAAAAUGUGGUGUCGACUUCUGAGUCAUCGCAUUUUGAGAUUGGAUUACCUUUAGGCAAAGAGAUAAGAUCGAUGCCCUCUGUUAGAGAACAAGGCGUUCACCAUUCGGAGAAAAAGCGACAUAAAACUUCUACAUCAUCUUCACAUAUUAAGAGCAAACCGCUUUCAGCCCAUAAGGUGGAAGCGUCGUCCAAAAAUACUUCGGAAAAGAAACACCACCGAUUGUUGAAAAAAAAAGUGGAAGGAUAUGAAACGACAAAGUCGAAGGAAUUAAAGGGACAAAGAACAGAAGGCAAAUCCGAAUCCCGUUCGGUGGAAGAAAAAUCAGGAAAAAAGCAUUAUAUUCAGCCAGUAACUUCAUCAAGUUUUGAGAAGAAUAAAUCAGAGUUUGUUUCCUCUCAUCGUAGAUUGACAAAAUCCCAAGAAGGGGUUAGCUCAAGCGAAGCAGAAACAAAGGAUUCACAGCAUAUUCCAACUACAGCAAUGUCCUCCUCCGUUGCUCUGAGCCGAUGCUCGUCAUCAAGUAGCGAUGAUCCUGAUAUUGCAAACGCUCGUAGAAAGGAAAAGUACGACGUAAACAUGCAAGGAAUUAAUUCUUUAUCUUGGAGUAAUGACUCUAGCAAGACUUAUCCCUAUUCUGCACAAUUAGUUAGGCCGCUUUCAUUAAACCAAGCAAACCCAAAUCUUUAUCCAGCCGGCUUUAACCCCGUCAUUGUUAAUCAUUUAAACCAGAAAGGGUUUCAUCCACAGGCCAGUUUUCCUUUUACCACAACAUUUAAUCAACCACAUCCAAGCAAUCCUUCGAACCUCGUCAACCAGAAACCGUUUUCGGCAGUUGCUGGUUUGAACUGGUAUCCUAACAAUCAUCCACGUCCUGUUAGACUCAUCACUGCUCCAAUGUUUCUGUCAAACCAGCUGUAUUUUGUGCCAGCUUUUUCGCCCACUUCGCAAUCAUCCCAGCAAGCUUCGUACGGAAGAGCUUUACAGGAGAUCGCAAAAAGAAAACACACAGAAGAUUUAGAUCAACCGGUUUCCGAUACGCCUUCUAAUUCGUCAAUCGACACGGAUAAAGCGUGGUAUACCAAAGAUGUAGGAAGUCCCAGUAAGGGAAAUUCAUUGCAUGAUAUAAAACAUCCCGGGGGUAUCAUAGCUUGUGUUCAAUCUCAGAUUAAUAUGCAGGCAAGAGAGUUCAUUGAUCAGGCAGAGAGUAAAGUUUUAAGUGGUGUAGAUCGGUCAAAUAACAUUGUAGUAAGCAUCACAGAAACUAAGAACGAUGAUUUUUCACCCACGGUUGCUUCGGAAAAGUCGAGAGCUUCAUUUCCUUUACAACAAAGUGAGUCUUGUAAAGUGAAGAAUAAAGAAGGUAGUCUCACUGGGAAAUGUAGGGAAAGUUCAUCAAAUCGACGUGAAUUAGACGGGAAUCAUAGACAAGGUGCCAUUACUGGUGAAACGUUUGAAAACGAACAGACGAAAGUCAAUGAUGGAAAAUAUUUUGUGAAGGAGUCGAUAAGUUUGACUGAAAAGUAUAAAGAAGAAACGCAUGCUGGAAAUAGGAGAACUUCAUCUGAAAGGAAAGUUGCUGGUGGUUUAUCUGCUAAUACCACGAAUCUUUCAGACUACACUGUCAGUAGGUCUGCAACGAGCCAUGCGAUAGAUAACAGAAUCGGGAUCAAGAGAAAUACAGAAAACUCCGAAUCCAUUCAAAAGACCUUGGAAGAAAUGAAAAUCUCAAAAUCGACCAUCGACAGUAACAAAACUACACUUGAAAGCAUACAUGAUAGUUUAUCUGCUAUUAGUGCAAAGCCGUUGCACGUUAAGGUUAGCACGUCUGGAAUAAGUGAUCAGACCGUUGGAAUUGAUAUGACUAAAGACCAGACCGUGAAUCCCGGAAAAAAUAAUAUAGCUUUAAACUCUGAAUCUAGUCAAGAAUCCUCUUUGAGGGAAACUAAAAGCUCCAGUAGUGAGAGUAGCAAAACUAUAACACAGUUCAAGGACAAGAAGAGAGAUAAAGACCAAGGGAAAAUUAAUGAUAAACCGUCCUCGAAGCAGAAACCCUUCCAGGAGGAAACCAGAAGCUCAAAGUCUGCCAGCGAGAACGGAAAGCGUUGCUCAAAGGACAGAGUGAGAAGUCGGGAGUCUCCUGCAAAGGAUCAGAAAGAAAGAAGUAAGAUUGCGUCUCGUUCUAAGGAGGAAGAUCGACGAAGUAGACGCGAUACAAAAGAAAAAGAACUUAAGAAACAAGAGUCAGACUCUGAGGUGGAAUUUGAUUUGGAUGACUAUAAUCCGGAGGAAGUGAUCACACACAAGCCAGAGAAAAUAGAAAUAACUCAUAGUGGUAUAACCACAGCAAUGUCAUUACGGGAAGUAAAGUUUGCUAUCAAGCAAGGUAAUACAGCCACGGUCCUGGCCUCACUUGCUGGUGGGAUAAAUGUUGAUUCACAGGACAGUGUUACAGGAAUGACAUUGUUGAUGAGAGCUGUAUCAUUUGGCCAAGAUAAUAUUGUUAAACUAUUGUUAAGUCAUGGUGCAAAUAUCAACAUCAAAGAUAAUACUGGCAGCACACCAUUAAUUACAGCUUGUGAGCAGGGUUUUGAAAACAUUGUGUCUCUUCUUCUAAGCGUCGAAACUGAUAUAAAUGCUAAGCAAUCAAUGUCUGGUGAAACUGCUCUUAUCAAGGCAUGUAUGAAUGGGCAUUACUCAGUGGUGGCUAUGUUGCUUGCCCAUGGUGCUGAUUGUCAGAUCAGAAGUGUCACUGGGCUGACUGCUUCACAGCUUGCGGUGCAGUGUGGACACUUUGAGAUACGAGAUCUGCUUGAAUCACACAACAAAAAACUGCAGCGUUGUGUUGAAACAGCAAUCUCAAGUUGCUUGUGUGACUCAAGUAAACUCAUGUACCCCCCAUUGUUGCCAUUUGUUAGCUUAUAUCCAUCGGAAGGACAGAAUUUUACCUACCAUUUUCACUGUAGCGACAUGCUUUUAAGUAAAACAGUCUUGCUGUUUUGCCUUCGUGCUGUGUUUUCAAGAAGUGGACAAGUGGAUCUAAGUUUCUCUAAAGACAAUGGAGUACAUACUGUUUUAUUAAAUGGAUCUAUUCAAUCACCUGUUCUACCUAGCAGUAAAUCAGUGUUUGUAUUGGAACCAAAAAUUGACACAAACCGGCUAAUUUUGCAAACCUAUCAAUCUCAUGUUCAUCUUCUGGUCUGCAUCUAUGCUGCUGAAGUGGAAGGGAAUUUGGCAUUAUCAUGACCAAUGUAAUUUAUUUUAAGAUGUGUAAAUAGGUAGAUGAACUUAAUAUAUAAUAUUGAUAUUUCCAUAUGUAGAAUGUUUUUUAACUAAUAGCAAAACAGUGCAGCAUACGGUGGUGCUAUUUUAAUGUUCACGACAUACAACAGCAUUCCUACAACUGUUGCAUACAGCUUUUGUCUCUUAUAUGUAUCUCUUAUGUGUAUACACACAUGGCAAUUUUCAGCAUGAUUCCAGAGUUGACCACCAUAUGAACACUAUAUUUUAGAUUUGUUGGUGAUUGGUAUUGUUGAAAUGUUUUUUGAAAGGUUUGCUUAAUGUACAUGUAAUUGUACUGUAGGAUUAUUUAAGAAUAUUGUAUGUAUAACAUUUUGUGAGUCUUACUUUGCCUUGUAAAUAUUAGCUUGUUCGUUUUAGUUUUAGUUUCAU